GGUGCCACAAUAUGCCGUGAUGUGUUUGGAUUACAUAGUUAGGCUUUAAAAUCUCACCAAAAUGCUCAUUUUUAGAGUAUUAUACAUUGUCUGUGAAAUAACUUGUGUAACAAAUGCCGCAAAAAUUCUGGGUAUUUUUCAUCUCCCUUCAUACAGUCAUUAUCAACUAGGCGAGGUACUAUUAAAAGAACUGGCGUCCAGGGGUCAUGACGUUACAGUAAUAACCCCAAUGGAAGAAAAACAGAAGAUCAAAAACAUUCGAACAAUUUACGUAGACAACGCCAUGGAUGUUUUGAAAGAAAGUAAGCUUGACGCAUUUACAUUAGCGGAUGAGAGCGCCAUUACAAGCAUAUUUCAAGUUGCCAAAAGUAUAACUCCACUUAUCGAGAAUACCCUCAAUCACACGAACGUUCAGAAAUUAAUCAAAUCAAAGGAGAAGUUUGAUCUCGUAAUCCUCGAGCGGCUAAUCAAUGAAGCAUUUCAUGGUUUUUGCUUUCACUUCGAGGCCCAUUGCAUUAUUUCUUCACCCAUACCCCCUUCCCUAACUGCAAACACGCAAAUGGGAAUCUUUAUACCACCGUCAUAUCUACCAGAAAUGCAUACCCGUUUUUCAAGUAAAAUGAAUUUCUUUGAAAGAUUAUACAACGGGAUAGUACAUGUGAUCAGUACACUUGUAUUUCACUUUCAGAUACUUCCCGCCCAAAAUGAACUUAUGCACAAAUAUUUUCCCGCCGUUCCUCAUCUUACAGAUGUUUUUUAUAAUGUUUCUUUAACGCUAUUUAACUCCCAUAUUAGUACAAGUACACCCAUUCCCGUUUUACCCAACAUGAUUGAUAUCGGAGGUUACCACAUUAAACCAGUCAAAGCUCUUCCGCCGGACCUGCAGGAAUACCUAGACAAUGCCAAAGAGGGUGUGGCUUUUUUCAGUAUGGGUUCCUAUCUUCGCAGUCAAGAUUUAAGCGAUAAUCGCAGAGAAGCUAUUCUGAAGACUUUCGCAGCGUUAAAUGUAAAAGUGCUAUGGAAAUGGGAAAACGAGUCUCUGCCCGGUCAGCCGCCAAACGUUAAGAUAAUAAAGUGGGUACCACAAAACGACGUACUGGCUCAUCCAAACAUCAAAUUGUUUAUAACACAUGGUGGAUUAUUAAGUACUCUUGAAGCGAUAUAUCAUGGAGUUCCCGUUGUGGGUAUUCCGAUCUACGGCGACCAAUAUUUAAAUAUGCGCAUUGUUGAGGAAAAUAACCACGGCAUUACUGUAGGACUCUCGGAUUUGACUGGUGACCAACUGCCAAAAGCAAUCAAUGCAGUUCUACAAGAUCCAAAAUACUUGGACAAUGCACGCAGUAGGUCCAAUAUAUUAAGAGAUAAUCCCCAAAACCCACUGGAGAAGGCAAUUUUUUGGAUUGAGUACGUUUUAAGACAUAAUGGCGCCCAUCACCUGAAAACUGCAGCAUUAAAUUUAAGAUGGUACCAACAUUUUCUUUUGGACGUAGUGGCUUUUUUUGCUGUCUUAGUUACGGCACCUAUUUUAAUUUGUUAUGUCACUUAUAAAACCAGGAGGUCGUCUAGAAAAAAUUACACUAUCAAGGAAAAAGAAGAAUAAAUAAGCAACGUGGUUACGAA